CCUGGAGGCUACUUCUGUUCCUGCCGUCCAGGCUAUGAGCUUCAGAAGGACAGGUAUUCCUGCCAGGCUGAGUGCAGCAGCGAGCUGUACAUGGAGGCAUCGGGCUACAUCUCCAGCCUGGAGUACCGCCGGUCCUACCCCGCUGACUUGCACUGCGACUACAGCAUCCGGGUAGAGCGGGGCCUCACCCUGCACCUCAAGUUCGUGGAGCCUUUUGAAAUUGAUGACCACCAGCAAGUACACUGCCCCUAUGACCAGCUACAGAUCUAUGCCAAUGGGAAGAACAUUGGCGAGUUCUGUGGGAAGCAAAGGCCCCCCGACCUUGACACCAGCAACAAUGCUGUGGAUCUGCUGUUCUUCACAGAUGAGUCAGGGGACAGCCGGAGCUGGAAGCUGUGCUACACCACCAAGAUCAUCAAGUGUCCCCAGCCCAAGACCCUAGACGAGUUCACUGUCAUCCAGAACCUGCAGCCUCAGUACCAAUUCCGUGACUACUUCAUUGCUACCUGCAAGCUAGGCUACCAGCUCAUAGAGGGGAACCAGGUGCUGCACUCCUUCACAGCUGUCUGCCAGGAUGAUGGCACAUGGCAUCGUGCCAUGCCCAGAUGCAACAGUAAGUCACAAUUCAGGGAUAUGAUCCUGGGGACUUCCCACCUCCAACCUCAAGGACUGUGGGCAGCCCCGAAAUCUGCCUUCCAUUACACCACCACAAUCGGGGUGAAUACCUACAAGGCCCAUAUCCACAACAUCAACAACAGCACCAACAGCAGUCACCACCAUCACUGCCAUCACUACAAUCGACAUUUCAUUACUAUUACUAACACCACCAUCACCACUACCAUUAUUACCACCAUCACCACCAUCACCACUAUCAUCAUAACCAACACCAUUGUCAACACUACCAUGAUCACCACCACCAUUACCAACACCACUAUCACCACCACCACCAUUGCCAACACCAACACUACCAUCACCACCACCAUUACCAUCACCACCACCAUUACCACCAUCACCAUUACCAACACCAUCAUCACCACCAAUACCACCAUCACCAUUAACACCAUUAACAAUACCACCAUUAACAACACCACUGUCAUCAUCAACAUUGACAUCACAAUUGCCACCGCCAUUACCAACAUCAACACCACCAUCACCACCAACACCGACACCACAGUCUUUGCCACCAUCAUGACCACUACAGCUAACUCACCUCUGCCUUCAGGGCUGUACACCUGCACAGCACAGGGCAUUUGGAAGAAUGAACAGAAGGGAGAGAAGAUUCCUCGGUGCUUGCCAGUGUGUGGGAAGCCCGUGCACCCCGUGGAACAGAGGCAGCGUAUCAUCGGAGGGCAAAAAGCCAAAAUGGGCAACUUCCCCUGGCAGGUGUUCACCAACAUCCACGGGCGCAGGGGCGGGACCCUGCUGGGCAACCGCGGGAUCCUCACGGCUGCCCACAACCUGUAUCCCAAGGAACACGAUGCACAAAGCAAUGUCCCCUUGGAUGUGUUCCUGGGCCGCACAAAUGUGGAAGAGCUCAUGAAGCUGGCCAAUCACCCCAUCCGCAGGGUCAGCAUCCACCCAGACUACCGUCAGGAUGAGUCCCACAAUUUUGAGGGGGACAUCGCCCUGCUGGAGCUGGAAAAUAGUGUCACCCUGGGUCCCAACCUCCUCCCCAUCUGCCUCCCUGACAACGAGACCUUCUAUGACCUGGGCUUGAUGGGCUAUGUCAGUGGCUUUGGGGUCAUGGAGGAGAAGAUUGCUCAUGACCUCAGGUUUGUCCGUCUGCCCAUAGCUAAUCGAGAGGACUGUGAGACCUGGCUCCGGGGAAAGAAUAGGACGGAUGUGUUCUCUCAAAACAUGUUCUGUGCUGGGCACCCGUCUCUAAAGCAGGAUGCCUGCCAGGGGGAUAGUGGGGGCAUUUUUGCAAUAAGGGACCGGAACACUGAUCCCAGGAUCCCUUCUAGCCCCUUCUGGGCUGGUCCAGUUUGAAGUAGGUUCCUUCGCUUCAACUCCUCUUGACCACUGGACAUUGUCUUUCCUCCCUGGCGUGAGCUGCUGACCCACCAGUCCAUUUUCUUCUGACCAAAGAAAAGUGACAAUUCACCUUCUUUAAAAAGGUAACUACUUUCCUGAGUUUCAGAAGAAGCGGACAUAUGUUCCCAAGUAACUUGCAAGGUACUAUGACGGAUACCCUUUAAACACAAUGAAUGACUUUCUAGCCCCUCUAGGACCUGGUGAUGAGCUCUUCCCAGCUCUGAAGUCUCUGAUGAUGAUUCAUUUAGAUCUUCUCCCUGAGUCUCUGAUGAUGAUUCAUUUAGCUCUUCUCCCUGCCAUUCACCCAGAGAAAUGACCUUGCAGCACAGUCAACGAUCCAAAACCCAUACCCGUCACACUGUACAAGGCGGCAGCAAAGAGGGAAAUUCUUCACCAAUACCUCAGCCCAUCAGCAAGGGCAGAACCCAAAUAGACCGGUGAUUCUCUGAGAGGGAGGAACUUCCUUUUUCUGUUACUUA